CGAAAAAAAAAAAAAUAACGCUUACUAUAUCAACACGCAUGCGUUCGUUGUAAUAGUUAGUUAGUUUCACUACGCCACAAGUAGCGUUACGCAGUUUAUUGCUUUCUAUCGGCGUUGUUGACGGAUAAGUGUUCCUAAGACUGAGACUUAAUUUUUUGAAGUCAAUCAAAUAACAAACAAAUAUUCAAAAUGAUACGUUCCAUAUGCAAACUACCUCACAAACUAGCUGGACAAAUGGCUGUCGAUAUUCUAUCUAGAAGUAUGGCUAGUCAGGCCCCACAAAAAAUGGAAGAUUACUUCAAAGGCAAAAAGUUUAUCGUCACAGGAUCUUGUGCUGGUAUGGGUGAAAAAAUUACAGAGAGGUUAGUAGAUUUGGGUUCAUUUGUUUACGCAGUGGUGGAGAAGGAAGAGGGCGCUGCUAAAGCAUUACCAAAUACUAAACAAGUAUUUUGCGAUGUAUCAAAUUGGGAGGACACUUAUAAAAAAAUGUACGACAUUGGUCCAGUACAUGGUUUAGUCAACAACGCCGGUGUAGCAGUUAUCGAGCCAUUUUUCGAUGUCACCGAACAUGGUUGGGAUAAGACUUUAAAUAUCAACGCCAGAGCCUUAGUGAGAAUAAGUCAGGCAGUGGCAAAAAAUAUGAUCGAUGCCGGUAUCAAGGGAUCUAUUGUAAAUAUUUCUUCGACGAUUUCCACCAGAGCCAUACCCGAUCACACAACAUAUUGUGCAUCCAAAGGAGCCGUGAAUCAAAUUACUAGAACCAUGGCAAUCGAACUGGGAAAGUAUGGUAUCCGUACCAAUAACGUAAAUCCAACUGUUGUGUUGACUCGUAUGGGUAAAAUCGCAUGGUCAGAUCCAGAAAAAUCGGGACCGAUAAUGAGACGAAUCCCGCUUGGCAGAUUUGCAGAAACCGAUGAUAUCGCGAACGCCGUGAUUUUCAUGCUCAGCGACUACUCCACCAUGGUAAACGGAACAGCCCUCGUAGUCGACGGUGGGUUCUUGGCAGGAUAGAUGAGACGACUUCGCUGUGAAACAUAAUCAUUAUGAGAAAUAAUUUCACUAGUUCAAUGUUAAAACAUACUUUCUUUUGUGUGUAUUAUUCCAAGCCGAACAGUAUCUAAUAAUAAUAUGUUAUUAAAUAUAUUUUAUUGUAUCCACUGUGCAAUGACUCUCAUACAAUUUCGACAAUAAACUGUGUACCCUGAAACAUUUAA